UUAAACAGUACCCUACUCCUUGUUGUCCUGUGCACCGGGGCCGAAACCCUCGUCUCAUAAUCAUCAUGGAUUCUGAAAACUAUGUGGAAACUCAUCCAUCAGACUACAAUGAAGCUAUGAAAACCAGUGACGUUUACAAAGUGGACAAAAAUCUUCCUAAGCGUUUUAAUAACCCCGACUGCUUUCAAGGCUACAGUACGAAGAAAAACCACCCAUUCUACCAGACAUCAAGCCAAAUAUAUGGAAGCAAGAGACCAACCGUUCAUGAAAUGCCUACAACUUUUAAUGGCAGUUAUCGGAAGUUUUCAGAACACAUGCUGAAAAGUGGGAUGUUCAGAGAUAACGGUUUCAACACGUCCAUUGAGAAGAGCAAAAUCACAGGACACGACACCAUCCCCAUGUUUCAAGACAGGAUCAACUUUAAUUAUGCAUACGACAGUGGGAAUGGUCCAAGGAAUUGAAAACAUUACUCCACCUACCUUAAUUCAUUUUCAUUGCUACAUUUGUAUGCCAUUCAUUCUAUUUGCCUUUUAUAAGGAUCAAUUCCUAUAAUGAGUAUUUAAACAUCAUACAGAACAUUCACCUUGUUUUAUUAGACCCCACCUACCUUUGGUGAUUGGUUCAAUAAAAACCUAACCCCAACAUCAGUCUUGGCCACAAGGUGGACAUCUAACAACCUGCUGGCUAUUUUGCUGGCACGUGCAGGAGCUAACGCACAGCAAAAUAGUCAGCAAGUUGUUAGAUCACCACCUUGUGGCCAAGACUGAUGUUGUGGUUAGGUUUUUAUAUACGGUGAGUGUUCAAGACAUUAAGAACACCUUCCUAAUAUUGAGUUUGCCCUCAGAACAGCCUCAAUUUGUCAGGGGAUGGACUCUACAAGGUGUCGAAGGCGUACAACCGGCCCAUGUUGAAUACAAUGCUUCCCACAUAGUAUUCAAUGUGUGGACCAUUCUUGAUACACACGGGAAACUGCUGAGCAUGAAAAACCCAGCAGCGCUGCAGUUCUUGACACAAAAUUGGUGCGCCUGGCACCUACUACCAUACCCCGUUCAAAGGCACUU